AUUUAUUCUUGCAAAGGGCUUCUCUAUAUAUUAUUAACUUUUCUCAUUUGGGUUUCUCCAAAAUUGAAAAGACAAAGACAUCAGAGACCUUCUUCUUCUCUACUUUAUUAUUAUUUCUUCUUCUUCUUUCUCUCUUCACACUCUUCUUCUUCUUCCUUUCUCCUUCUCUUCACAGAAAAAGAAAAAAGGAGUGUUGUUUGUUUAAUUAAUUGGUUCGAAUCCAUGGCCACCACUUGCCUCGAUAUUGCACCUGAACAACUUUGCUACAUCCCUUGCAAUUUUUGCAAUAUUGUUCUUGCGGUGAGUGUUCCAUGCAGUAGUUUGUUUGACAUUGUGACAGUCCGAUGUGGGCACUGCACAAAUUUGUGGUCCGUUAAUAUGGCUGCUGCAUUUCACUCUCUUUCUUGGCAAGAUGUUCAGGUUCCAAGUUACAACUUAUACGGUUGUAAUGGAGCUGAUUUUCAAGGAGAUUUUGGAUCAUCAUCCAAAUGUAACAACAAUGUUAAUAAGAUGGAAAUUCGAGUACCCACUACAAUUCCAGCAGAGGAGAGGGUUGUGAAUCGACCUCCCGAGAAAAGGCAGAGAGUACCUUCUGCAUAUAAUCAGUUCAUAAAAGAGGAAAUCCAAAGGAUCAAAGCAAGUAAUCCUGAGAUUAGCCAUAGGGAAGCAUUCAGUACGGCAGCUAAAAACUGGGCACAUUUUCCUCGUAUUCACUUUGGUCUGAUGUUGGAAACCAACAAUCAAGUGAAGCUAGAUGAUGGUUCUGAGCGUUUAAUGCCAAGGGCUGCACUAUUAAACAAAUGAGAGACAGUUUGAUUAUGAAAGAAAGUUGCUGCCUUUUUUCCAUCUCUAAUUAGUUUUAUUACUUAAUUUCUACUGUCUUUCUUCUUCCUCUUUUUACUCCAUGAAAACAAAGGCUGAUGACUUGAAUUUGUUGUUUAAAUUCAAGAAGUGACAAUUAUUAUAAUAUCCAUCUUUGAGUUUGGGUUGCACUAUAUGAUCAUUUCCACUCUUGUUAUCAAAAAAUAUGAUUACUUGAUCCAAA